AUGCAGAACGUAGAGGUGAGAAACUUGUCCUUCAAGGUGGGACAGGUCCUGACUGUCACAGGGGUCCCCAACCCAUACGGCGAUAGAUUUUCCAUCAACUUUGGUCACAUUGAGGAGGACAUCGCUCUGCAUAUGGACGUCCGCUUUGAUUAUGGAAUUAUGCAGAAGCAGGUGUUGUUCAACUCCUGCCAUUCAGGGAAAUGGCAUGAGAACGAACUAAUUGCCAAAGGCUUCCCCUUCAACUACGGAGAGAAGUUUGAAGUAUCCAUCACCUUCACAAAGGAACAGUUCUUGAUCACCCUUCCUGAUGAAUCUGAGUUCUACUUUCCCAAUCGCCAUGGACACAAGAAAUAUAACUUCAUAUUCUUUCUCAACGAGGUCAAGGUUCAUGGGAUUGAAGUCAUUUAGACCAAUCAGAAUGAGUUGAAGAUAAUCCGCUGUAGAAGCCCAAACAUAUUUUGGCUGCUUAUUGGCUUCUAGACUUUCUUUUAUUGCUCUUUAACUGUUAUGAUUAAAACAGUUCCAGUCUUUAAAUAUUUAAUGAACUUUCAGCAUUGUUUGUGUUUGAUUUGCAAAAUGAGUGAAGCACUAGCCAGACUAGGCCUAUGAGGACUGGGAUAAUAUGAUGUGACUGGAACAGCUGUGUCUUCCCUAAUCAAGGUCUUGUAUUAAACAUGUUUUUUGCCAUUCAGACAAUUAAGAAUUGAUUCAAUAUCCAUGUUAGUUAAUUUCCAAAGAUGUUUCACUUGUUAGC